AUGACCAAAGACUUUUUGGAAUAUGUGAAGGCCAAUUAUACCAAGAUUGAUAAGGCAGAAAUGGAAACUUAUUUGAAGCUUCUCACAACCACUAUGUAUGAUGGAGUAAGUGGGGUUAGAGAUCACAUCAUCAAGCUAAAACACUACUUCAACAGGGCAAAUGAGAUGAAAGUGGAGUUGAGUGAGAGAUUCUUGAAAUGGUUGAUACUUGAGUCUCUUCCUAUUUCCUUUGAUGCAAUGAAGUUGACUUAUAAUGCCUUGAAGGAAGAAUGGACUCUGGAGGAGUUGAUGUCCAUUGUGGUGCAACAUGAAGUCUCAAUGAAGAAAAAUGAGACUCACUCACUUGCUCUUGUUACUGACCAAGUGAGUAAUAUGAAGAAAAAACCUCCACACAAGAAUUUUGGAGGCUCUAAGCAAUUCAAGAGGAAAAGGAAUUCGAGUCAAGGAACCUCCAAUGCAUUUGCUUCUUCUAAUGCUACAAAGAGAGAGAUUCAAGGGGAAGUACAACUUUUGCCACAAGAUUGGGCACAAGCAGGCUAA